GGAUUUAAUUUUUUCCCACCGGGGAAACAACAGUCAUGGCGGAUGUUAUGAAUGUCGGUGUGAAUUUAGAAGCUUUUUCUCAAGCGAUUAACGCCAUUCAGGCACUUCGGUCCAGUGUAACCCGAGUGUUCGACUCAUUGAAAGAUGGCAUGAAGAAUAAAGAAACGCUUGAAGGACGAGAAAAAGUGUUUAUUGCGGAUUUUCAGGACAACUUGCAGGCGGUGAACCGGGACCUGACUGAGUUGGAGCGUCUGAGCAAUCUGGUUGGUAGGCCGUCAGAGAGUCACCCGUUACACAACAGCGGCCUUCUGAGCUUAGACCCGGUGCAGGACAAAACCCCUUUGUACAGCCAGCUUCUACAGGCCUACAAAUGGUCCAACAAGUUACAGUAUCAUGCAGGUUUGGCAUCCAGUCUGUUAAACCAGCAGUCGCUCAAGCGCUCGGCCAAUCAGAUUGGAGCAUCGGCGAAGAGGAGACCAAAGGUCCAGCCUAGUACCCUUGUACUGCCCAUUCAGUACGUGGACGACGUGAUCUCUCGGAUUGGCCGCAUGUUUCCGGACAUGUCCAUCGAGCUCUUCCGACCCAAUGGGACAUCGGCUGUGCUACUGGUGACCCUGGGAAAGGUGCUGAAAGCCAUUGUGGUGAUGAGGAGCCUGUUCAUCGACCGCACAAUCGUCAGAGGAUACCACGAGAACGUGUAUUCCGAGGAUGGCAAGCUGGAUAUCUGGUCAAAGUCCAACUAUCAAGCAUUUCAAAAGGUGACGGACCAUGCCACCACAGCCCUGCUGCACUACCAGCUGCCCCAGAUGCCUGAUGUGGUGGUGCGCUCCUUCAUGACCUGGCUCAGAAGUUACAUCAAGCUUUUCCAGACACCAUGUCAGCGCUGUGGUAAGUUUCUGCAAGACGGCUUGCCCCCCACCUGGAGGGAUUUCCGUACCCUCGAGGCCUUCCAUGAUACCUGCCGGCAGUGAAUCUACAACGUCUACAUCUGGAGUCCACCGCCUGGACAAAGAAUGAACGAAAGCGUGAGCGAACGAAGCGUGCGUGAUUUUUCACUCUUUUUGUAUCGAAGACUCUGGAAACAAGAAGUUCUAUCUCAUGGGUCAAAUGGAAAAACUUCAGUAGUCAGGAUUGGGCAUGACCAACAGAUUGGAUGUACAUAGCGAUGGCAUCAGAGCACUUGUAUGCUGUCUGUGUAUAAUAAAGUCAAUUUUGUAUUAGAAACAUUUUGUUCGUUCAGUCAAAGUUUCAUCUCUGUGACCUUUCAAUCUCAGGGUUCGGUGGGAAAAAGGCAGAUGCUCGCUAUUGCCAGUAAGAAUUAACUUCCUGUGCUGAUGCCUAGUGUUUCAAACUUCCAUAAACUUGUGUCCUACUUAGUUUUUCGCUUACCUUUUUUUUUUUUUUUUUUUACCUGGAAAAGAAAAAAAAUCCUGCUUUAUUGAAGCACUCCAAAGUAAAAGUCAAGCAGCACAGGGUUUUGUUGUUAUUGUGUGCAAGCUUUUUUUUUGUAGUCCUGUUUAUAAAGAAAAGAUUAAUAUUUCAUGAGUCACUCAAAGUCAGAAUGUUUUUCUUUUCUUUAUUUCUUUGUUUUUUUUUAACCGCAACAACUAGGUCAUAACUUCACAUCUGCUUUUCUAUGAACCCGAUGGGUUGUGUGAUUGGACAGGAAUUGCUUGUGUGGUGGGUUUUUUCCCCCUUUUUAAAUUGCAGGUUUGAUGUAAUAAAACUUUUUUUAUUCUUUC